AUGACCCAUUGGAACGGAACCAUCCUGGGACCUCCUAAUUCGUCGCACGAAAACAGAAUUUACUCGCUCACCAUCGAAUGUGGCCCGGAGUACCCAGAACGUCCGCCUGUUGUCCGCUUUAUUUCCAAAAUUAAUCUCCCAUGCGUUGAUCAAUCCACCGGUUUGGUUCUAGCCAGCAAAUUCCCCACCUUGGGGGCCUGGAAGAGAUCGUAUAGCAUGGAAAUCCUGUUGCUGGAACUCAGAAAGGAAAUGGCAAAUGGUGCCAACAGAAAGCUUAUACAACCGUCUGAAGGUGAGACUUUCUGA